AUGGACCAGCGAGCGGCAAUGGCGACGAUGGUGGUGGUCGGCCGUGCCGCGGUCGUGCUUGUUCUGCUUGCCCUGUGCCUCUACCAGCCGGCGGCCUCGGCCGCCGACAUCGUCUGGGGCAGCUCGUCAACCUUUACGCAGCAGGCCGCCGGCGGCGACCGCUACCUGGCCAUGUGCGAAUCGAUGCGGCUCGGCUCGGAGCUGGCCUUCAACGCGACCAACGCCCGGAGCGACCGGAUGGGCGUUCUCGCCUCGCGAAACCUCGUCACCCUCUUCCUCGACGACAAUCGCAACAACACCGCUACGGCCCUCAACACCAACGCGCUGCUGGCCCGGAGCGACGACGAGCUGCUGGGCCUGCUGGUGACUUCCGACGGCGAGGGCGCCGCCACGGCGUUCUUGUCGAUGACCGGCCAGGCCAUCGACACGGUGCCCUUCGUCGGGCCGUGGUCGGGCCUGGGGCUGCUGCAGAGCCCGUUCAAGCGGUGGGUCUUCAACACGCUGCCGACCAGCUUCCAGAGCCUGACCUACGCCAUCGCCAAGUUUCUGGCCAACGACCGGCUGCUGUCGCGCUUUGCCCUGCUCUACCCGCACCCGAGCCUCAUCUCGGGCGUCGACAUCCGGGCGGGCGUCGAGGCCAAGCUGGCCCUGCUGGGCUACCGGCUGGCGAGCCACUACGGCGUGCCCAGCUUCUCGGCCGACCCGCAGACCAUCGGCGCGGCGGUGGCCAACAUCAGCGCCGGGUCGCCUCAGGCCGUGAUCAUGGUGGUGUCGUCGGGCCAGACCAGCGCCUUCAUCAAGGCGGCCAAGGCGGCCAUGACCAGAGAUGACGUCAUCUACAUUCUCGACGGGUCGGUGUCGAACAACAUCACCGACGACCUCACCACCGAGCGCGAGCGAGAGAACGUGUACCUGGUCUUCCCUGUCCCCCUGCUCUCCGACACAGGCCUGCCCAUCGUGAGCGACUUCUGGGCCGACCGCGACGCCCACGCGCCCGAAUGGCGGAAGGUGGUCCAGCCCGGCGCGCUCGAGGGCUACAUCAACGCGCGCUGGAUCGUCUCGGUGCUCGAGGGCAUGCGCGAGCCCCUCAACCGGGCCGCCUUCAUCGACGCCGUCUACUCCACCCCGAUACGCCACGUCGGCGGCGUCGCGAUGGGGCCGUUCUACGACGACUGCGCCCGCACCGGGUGCCAGGCCUGCUGCAACGCCGGCUCGCGCCGCAUCUAUCUGGUCCAGUUCCCCAACGGCACGCUGGAGUACGUGCCCGACUCGGUGCUCGAGUGGCAGAGCUGCUUCCCGCAGCCGGGCGACGUGCGGCUGCCCUUCAAGUUCGGCGAGAGCGUGGCACUCACCGGCGACGAUGCGCGAUCGGGCGCGGCGGUGCGCAACGGCCUGGCGAGCUCGUUCGGGGCGACCAACGCCGCGGCGGCCUUCAACGGGCGCAACAUGGUGCUGAUCGGCUACGACGACCAGUCACGCCCCGAAGAGAACGCCGGGUCCAACUACGAGCAGCUGGUCGAGCUGGACAACGUGCUUGCUCUGACGGGCCUGCGGGGCAUCGAGGCCAUCGCGGCGGCGCUCAACCACUCCAGCAACGCGGCGGCGCCUGUCAUCGGCGUCUCCACGGGCUCGCCCUCGCUCAACUCCCACUUCAACCGGCGGCUGGUGCGCAUCGCCGGCUCGGCCUACGAGGAGCUGGCCGGCGCACUGGACUACUUCGUCGGCAGGCAGGGCUUCUCGCGGGUCGGACUCUACUACGAGUCGACGCCCGACGGCCGCCUCACCCUCAAGGGCCUGGUCAAGGCCCUCGCCCUGCGCGACCUGAGCCUGGCCGCAUCGGUCGAACAGGGCGAUGCUGUGCCGACCUCAGGAGUGGAGCUGUGGCUGGUCUACAACCCGAGCGGAGAGCUGGUGGCGCCCUUCCUCGAUUCGCUCUCAUCAAGUGGUGGACCGACGCCCGUAUGCGUCUUGUCCAGCCUCGACCCCGACCUUCUGGUUGAGCGCAUCAACGGCACGUCAUCGUCUUCGUCCUCGACAUUCCACGCACGCAGGAGCCAGGCGCAGCUGGCGAUGCUCCACUUCACGCAGGCGCUGCCCAACCCGAACCCCAACCCAGCUUCGCCCGCCGCAAACGCGAGCGGCACGCAGCUGGCGGCCUCGUUCCGGGCGGCCCUGGCCGCGCUGGACCCCAACGCCCGGCCCGGCUACGCCGCGCUGAGCGGCUACGUGAGCGGCCGGCUGCUGGCGGCCCUCAUCUCCACCAUCAACGGGCAGGUGACAGGCGACUCGCUGCUCGCCGCACUCUACGCCUCGGGCGUGAUCGAGCUCGACGACCUUGCGCUGGGCGUCUACUACGACCGUUGCAACGCGACGGGCAUCCCCUGCUGCAAUACCGGCUCCCGCUCGGUCCACGUCGUCACGCCCGAUGGCAACGCCAACGGCACCUGGUCCACUCAACACACCUUUGACUACGACCAGUGCGCGUUCACCUUCGACAGCGCGGACGAGUCGAGCGACGGCCGCAGCAGGGAAGAAGUACUGGGCAUCGCUCUGGGCGUCGCGCUUCCCGUGGCGGCUCUGCUGGUCUGCUGCCUGGUGCUGGUCGGGCUGGUCGCAAUGGUGGCCUCGCGCCGGGCGGCGGCGGCCCGAGGGCUGCAAGAGUACACGAUCGACUUUGACGAGCUGGAGCUGGACGGCGUGCUGGGCCAGGGCGGGUUCGGCGAGGUGCACAAAGCGGUGUGGAAGGGCACCGAGGUGGCGGUCAAGCUCAUGCCGCAGGGCAACGUCACGAGGGAGGCUCGGCAGAACUUCGUCGACGAGGUCGACAUCAUGUCGCGGCUGAGACACCCCAACGUGAUCCUCUUCAUGGCCGCCUCGGUCAAGCCGCCCCGGCUCUGCAUCGUCAUGGAGUACAUGGAACUCGGCAGUCUCUACGACUUGAUCCACAACGAGCUGGUGCCGGAGCUCCCUCUACUGCUCAAGGUCAAGCUGGUGCACCAGGCCGCCAAGGGCAUGCACUUCCUCCACUCGUCCGAGAUCGUGCACCGGGACCUCAAGUCGCUCAAUCUGCUGCUCGACCACAAGUGGAACCUCAAGGUGGCCGACUUCGGCCUCACCAAGUUCAAGGACGCACUCCUACGCCAGGACUCGCGCGACCGCGACCACGCCGUCGUGGGCAGCGUGCCCUGGAUGGCCCCCGAGGUGCUGGGCGACGAGGGCCGAGACCAGAUCGACUUCGUGUUGGCCGAUGUCUACAGCUUUGGCAUCGUGCUCUGGGAGCUGCUUACCCGCGACGUGCUCUACGAGGGCAUGCUGCCGGCCCAGAUCGCGAUUCGAGUGAUCAGAGAAGACCUACGGCCAGCGCUCAGCAGCCACACCUUUGACGAAGUAGCGCAUCAGCGGAGCGCUGGCGAGGCGCGGUACGUGGAGCUGAUGCGCAGCUGCUGGAAGCGCGAUCCGACCGAGCGCCCGACGUUCGACGAGAUCAUCACCCGGCUCGAGGGGGUCAAGAGCGCAGCGGGGGGUGGUGGCACGGGCACCAGCAGCGCCCGCCAGAGCACCAGCAGCGCCAGCAGCAGCCCGACCGCGAGCGGGACUCUGCCGCGGAGCAACUACGCGAGCACGGGCACCACCACCUCGUCGGAGGGCCGGCCGUUCGAUCUCCACCUUCGCAACGUGCCGCGGCGCGACGUGUCCUACGCCGUGUGCGACCUGGCCCGCAUGGACGAGCUCUGGCAGCGCGAUCCAUUCGCGGCCGAGCGCACGGCCGAGUCCUACGGGAGCCUGGUGCGAGCCCAGGCCACGGCCCACAGCGGCUUCGUCUUCUCGCGGCCCAGCCUCCACAGCGGCGGCACCUACAUGCUCUCCUUCGCCACCACCCAGGCGGCAGCCGCCUUUGCCCUGGCCCUGGUGGCCGCCGUAAAUGACGCCGGCGGCGACGACGGCCAACUCCACCAGCGAUCGCGUGUGGCGCUGCACCAUCAGCCCAAGACCAACGGGCGGCUGCCUGGCGACUACGCCGGCGCCACCUACGAGCCUCACCACUACCAGGAGGCGUGUCGCAUCAACCUGCUCGGCUGGCCCGGCGCCGUGCUCUGCUCUGCCGCCUUUCGCGAAGCCUGCGGCGGCCCCGACGACAACAGUGCCGUGCACCUCCACAACCUGCCGGGGCGCGAGUACUCGCUGCUGCUCGGCCCCGACGGCGAUGGCGAUGCGUUGGCCGCGGCCCACGACACCGAGGCCGAACCCGAGCGGCGCGGCGGACUGUGCUCGUCGAACCAGUGCCCGUGGAUCAUCGACGGCCGGCGGCUGACGGAGGGCGAGUGGCUGGGCCAGGGCAGCUACGGCCAAGUGACCGCCGGGUCCUACCUCGGCAUGCCUGUGGCGGUCAAGCGCCUGUUCAACUCGAAGCUCGAUGACGACUCGAUGCGACGCAUGCGGCGCGAGGCGGCGCUGCUGUUCAACCUCGAGCACCCCAACCUGGUCAAGCUCGUGGGCCUCUCGAUCGGCGACGACGCCCAGCUCAGCCUGGUGAUGGAGCUCGUGCCCGGCGGCAGCCUCAGCGCGCUCCUGGCCGACUCCUCGCGCAAGCUCAGCUGGGCCGCCCGGCUCUCGGUGCUGCGAGACGCCGCGCUGGGCCUGGCCUACCUCCACGAGCACGGCGUCAUCCACCGCGACAUCAAGUCCUCCAACCUACUGGUCGACGACGAGCUGGGCGGCGCCGGGGGCGGAGGGCUGCGAGUCAAGGUGGCCGACUUCGGGUUCGCCACGGCCAAGCAGGAGAACGCGACCAUGACCCGCUGCGGCACGCCGGCCUGGACCGCGCCCGAGGUGCUGCUACCGCCGCCGGCGCCGGCGAGUGGUGGUAGCGGUGGUGGUGGUGAGGAGCAGCACGAGGCCGCGCUACUGGAGAAGGCCGACGUGUACUCGUUCGGGGUGGUGAUGUGGGAGGUCUUGACCCGCAAGGUGCCCUACCAGGACAACGGUAACGACCAUCACCACUACAACCUGGGCCACCUGAUCCAGGCGGUGCUCGACGGCAAGCGGCCGGUGGUGCCGUCGGACUGCCCGCCGGCCUUCGCCAAGCUCAUGAAGCGCUGCUGGCACCGGAACCCCCGGAAGAGGCCCGACAUGGACCAGGUGCUGCUCUCCCUCAACCAGCUCUCGGGCACCUUCGGCCCCUAA